AUGCCCAAAACACGAUCCAAACCCGGCAAUGCCACCCCAGCUCCCACCAAAACCAAAGUGACCCUCCAAUCCCUCGAGACGGCGGUGGAAUGCCCGCCUCACCUGCUCGUCCUCCCCAAACAUGCCUCCUCCGACGCUCGAAUAGUAACGAUCAACUCCUCGCGCUACUUCAUCUGUCCCACCACCGGCGUCUAUGAAUUUACCCACAUCUCCGCCCCCAAAGCCACUCCUCGCAGCUGGUUACUGGCUCCUCAUGCAUCGGAAGCGACAGAAAGCGGAUACCUUCUCGAAAAACCCUCACUCCUCCUGGCAACCCCCAUCGAUCCGCUCUUCCUCCUCCUCCCCCACCUCGCCGCCGACUUGCCCUCUUUUUCGACUGAGUACCUCGCUCCUUCCGACUUCCUCGACAAACUCUCCACCUCCGCUCCUCAUCUCUCCCACCUCCUCCAUGCCGGCAAUCUCCCCACCAUCCUCGCCCAUCGCAUCGAAGCCGUGAGCGAUUGCAUGGACAUGGGAGACGGGGAUAGAAUGUACGCCCUCUCCCUUCCCAAAUUGGUCGCCGAAAUCGUCCACAAGGCGAGGAGAAUGGCUUCCAAACCUCUGCCCAAGAGUAUGGAGGAGAGAUUCGUCAAGGAUGCACUGUAUGUCCCGGUCUUGAGUAUUAAAAGGGAAGAGAGCGGGAUGAGUAUACAAUCCACCACAGCAGGAGCAGAAAUGGAAGGGAAUUCUCAAUCAUCAUCAUCCACCAAAGAUAAAGCAGAAGACUCUCAAAAUUCAUCCACCAGAGAUGAAAAAGAAGAUUCUCAAUCAUCAUCCACGAGAGAUAAAGAACAAGACUCCCAAAAAAGCCUCUCCACAACUGCAACAUCCACCAUCCCCUCCGACCCGCAAGACAAGGACAUGGAAAUCGCCAAUCUCCUCCGCCUCCGCACAUCACUCGACUUCCUUUUGAAAUCCUACAUCCCCUCCUCCCUCUUUCCCCUCCUAGAACCCCUCAUCUCCGCCCUCAUAGACUGGUCUUCCCUGACGGCACACCUAGCCCGACUAGCAGCUCUGAAGAAAGAGGCCCAAUCAUCACGAAGUAUCGGCGACAGCUUCUCGAGAAAGAGGGUGCUGGGAGAAGAUGAGCAGGACAAGGAGGAUGUAAAGAAGAAGAGGAAGAAGGAGGAAGAGGCMAAGCGAAAGAAGAGUGUGGGGCAGGGGAUCAAAAAGUUGGCCAAGGUCGAUCGGACGGGUAUGAAGAGUUUGAGUACCUUUUUCGCCAAGAAGUGA